AUGUCAAGGAAAAGGUGGCACCCUCCAGUGACUGGCUGGGUUAAGAUAAAUGUUAAUGGCUCAGUUUCAAGGAACAAUUCAAGGGCAAUAAUAGGUGGGGUGCUGAGAGGACCAAGCGAAGGGUGGCUUGUUGGGUUCAGAAUGAGAACAGCAAUAAGUAAUAUUGCCGAAAUUAGGUUGAUACUUGAAUUGUGCUCCAAAGAUUGGCAAAUUAAGUUUCGUCACAUUUCGCGGGAUAGUAAUAAAGUUGCAAAUCAGCUGGCUAAGAUGGACGAAGACAAAAUUAAUUGCUCGGUCACGCUUAAAGAUCCACCACUCUUUGUGCAUGAUUUGUUGGAGAAGGAUAUCUACAAUUCGAGCAUGGAUGAGAGUUGA